CCCUGCUCUGCUUGCCUCUGGCUACACAAGUGAUCGUACCAUUGCUACAUGGGCUACGAAUUACAUCAGUGUUUGAGUACAUUCGUUGGCGCUUCAACAGAGCCAUUUCCCUGACGGCGUGUGUCAUCUACAUUUUUCUUACGCAAAGUAUUGGCGCCAUCUCUAUUUUGGCAGCAUCAAUGAUGCUGGUCACAGUGUUCAACGCUCCCUUGUUGUGGUGCAACAUUGCCAUUGGACUUUCCGGAACAAUCUAUACAGCAUUGGGGGGCCUUCGUGGAGUGGUGUGGACGGAUUGUAUGCAGUUUAUUAUUAUCUUGGUCGCCCCUACCGCACUGUUUGCAAAGAUCAUGGUGGACUCGCUGUCCGCCAACUCAACGGUUCAGCCACUGAGUGACAUGGACGCCGGGAUGUAUAUAGGAGAUUUCAGGUUCGACUUGACCAGCGACGAAAACGUAUGGUCCUGUAUAGUGGGAGCGUCAACACUGGCAAUGUAUCGACUAUGUCUUGACCAAAUGGUUGUACAGCGGAUUAUGUCAUCUCCAUCAGUGAAGAAAGCUAAAAGAACCGUGAUCUCUGGUGCUUUCUUACUUCUUCUACCAUACGCUUCGUGUACUUUAUUGGGGAUUUCGAUAACAAUAUGGUACAGAGGAUGUGAUCCAGUGCUGUCAGGUGCCAUAAAGAGGGUUGACCAGGCACGAACCCUCAUAAAACUCAAGCAGGAAGUGACCAAGACAAUAGCAACUGACCCGGAAACACCAGAAUUUGAUCAGCAUCUGCUCCAUCUCUGGGAUGCAAGACAGCAACUGACCAGACGUUGGGAGCGCCAGAAGCUCAACCGCAAGCUCAGACUGCGCAUCGCGGAGGUCACGGCACAGGCAGAGGAAUAUGCCACGUAA